AAUGGGAGGGGCAUCACUUCCUCCGGGUUUUCGGUUUCAUCCCACAGAUGAAGAACUGAUCCGAUAUUACCUGGAAAGAAAAACUCAAGGGCAUGAAAUCGAGCUUGAAGUCAUCCCUGUUAUCGAUUUGUACAAGUUUGAACCUUGGGAGUUGCCUGAGAAGUCGUUCCUUCCUGAACGAGACUCGGAGUGGUUUUUUUUCAGCCCGAGGGAUAGGAAGUACCCGAACGGCUCGAGAACGAACCGUGCCACCAAGGCUGGCUAUUGGAAAGCAACGGGGAAAGAUAGGAAGGUUGUGAGUCAAUCUGUGGUGGCUGGCUACCGUAAGACCCUUGUUUUCCACCGGGGACGUGCCCCUUUAGGCGAUCGAACAGAUUGGGUUAUGCACGAGUACCGGCUCUCCAGUGAGCCUCGGGCAUCGAUUAAUCAGGGUGCUUUUGCCUUGUGCCGUAUCGUGAAAAGAAACGAACCGAAGAAGCGUGAUGGGCAUGGAGAACCGAAACCCAUUAUGGUCGGAACCAGGUCAACUAAUAUCGAACAUGCAUCAACAAGGGUCUGCAAUGAGCCCUCGAGUACUUCUGGUGACAUUUCUUGUCAAACAAGUUACCCCAACAGCGAGAGCCAUUAUUCAAGCCCUAUUACUUCUCCUGCUCAUGAAACCACACACCUCCCACCAUUUCAGCCAGCUUCUCUCGAUAUCGAUCCGGCCAGCGUUUGGCUCUCACCUGAUCUAAUUCUCGAUUCUUCAAAGGAUUACCCACAAAUAUGUGAAGCAGCCACUCAAUACUUCCCACAAUAUGAGCUUCCAAGCUCAUUGACCCCAUGGCAGCAAUAUGAACAUACCAAUUUCUCCCCUAGUUCAUUGUACUCGAAUUUCGGGGAAACCGAACAAGUUGAUGUUCUUGGUCUCAUUGGUCAUGCAAAUGACAUGAACUUCUAUGGCAGUGAAGGCUAUGACCAACCUGGUUCAUUCAACUACAUGAAACAUUUUUGAAAAAGGAAGCAAAAGAUGUAAGGCAUGAAACUU